AUGGCUUCUGGGAAUCUGCUGUCUACAGUGCAAGUGGCAAACUCAUUGGAGGCAGCGAAAGAGAAAGUCCCGAAUGCAAGCAAGAGUGCAGUAGAGUUCCUUUCACAUAUUGGAACGGAGGAGAUCCAGCCCUGCCUUUUUGAAGAGUCCCUGGUUGCCAUCUCAGACAAUGGGCAGACAAUAGGAAUGUUCUCCAUCUCGGUAAAGUGGUCCCACUAUUCACUGGAUGAAUGGUGUGAAGAAAACUGCUACCUGGUGCGUGCAAGAAGCCAAGGGACUGUUGACAGCAUACCCUGCACAACUUCCAUUACAGGUUAUGUAACAAAGACUCUAGAGACGUUGGAGCAGCACACGGAGGAAAGCAUGAGGUUCAGGGAGAAUCCCGUCGAAACUAGAACCCAUGUGGUGAAACGCCAAGGCCAGAUUGUUGUGACAAAAACUCUUAUUGAAAGAGAUGAAGAGAUCCACAUCAACAGCUCUUCUUAUAGCUGUGAACUUCUACAAGGCCUAGUCUCAGAGUCCGCCAACCUCCUGGUGUUGCGGGUGAUGGCCAGGAGGCAGACUGUACCAGAGAAUGCCAUUUUCCUGUCAUUUGAUGGCGACCAUCACAUAUGUAUCUCCACCUAUAGGGCCUUGGGUUUCCAGAAGCAGCAGGUAAACAAGGAAGAGGUGGACGUGUUCGUGAUCGAGAGAGCCGUGCAUUCCACAGAAGGGAUACCUCUGAGCUGGCAGUUCUGCUUCCUGUCAGAUGGGCAUUUGUCCCGUCGUGUCCAGGUUGGGUCCCCAGUCAUCAUGUUGAUCCUGCAGAUGCCCAUUCUCAUUGAAAUAGAUGAACCGGACCCUCGUCCAGUCUUUGGGAAAAUACCCCUGGACUGGGAGGAGGACGUGGAGCUGCACUCCCAGUUCUUAGACAGAAAGGAAGAGCUUCAAGCAAGCCAUGCUACCUAUGUACGGCGCCAUCCAGAGCUCAGUAACUUACUGGCAGACUUCUUGCAAUUGUUGCUCCUUCGCAAGCCAGACGAUGUGGUCACCUUUGCAGCUGAGUACUUUGCUCCCUUUUCAGCCCAGAACCCUCCAUGUAGGUCCUUUCAAUCAUCUGACAAGCCCAGCCCCUUUCGCAGCCCUGUCUGAACAGUCAGUGAAUAAUAA